ACUAUUUCAGGCUAAUAACAUCUGACAAGGUAAAAGUCUAAGAUCGAGGUCCUACAGUUUUGCUAAUUUGAACAAAACUUCUGACCUUAACAGGGAUUUGGUCGAUGCGUUCGACAUAUUUAUCCAUUUUCUAAUUUACCCAGAACUCUCAUAAGCAGCACUUCAUUGGUUAUUUGGAACACAAGUAUCAGCUACUCUGAAAUCUGAAUUGGAAGGUUCUUGAGCUCGGCUUCUCACAGAUUCACAGUCACAAAAUCCUCUGCUAGCUAGCUGCUCCUCCACAAACAAGUGAUUUCGACGAGGUUAAGCUCGACUUUGAGGAUACAUAUCAAGUGAAUUUAAAGACAAGGGAAAGGAAAUGGCAGUCCCAAACCACAAUCCUCCUCAAGGGAUGGAGGGGUAUGAUUUUGGCGCUCUCAGCCCGGAACAGCAAGAGAAGUUGAAUAACUUCAAGAUGCAGACGCGUGUUGCUAACGAGAAAUACCUCCGAGACCAUCCAGAAGUGGAUAUUCUUUUAGCAGAAUUUUUAAGAGAUGUAUUGAGUAGGAGACCAGAAAAUAUCCAAGAUUUUGCUGCAGAUUGGUUUACAAAGCCCCAACUUGCAGAAAACAUUGAUCAUCAACUAGAACAGAGAGAUGCCUCCCUUCGAGAUCAACGUUUCCAGAGAAAGUUGUAAAUCCUGUUGUGUAUUUAUUGAUUUCAGUUUCUUUUAGUCCCACAGAUUAACUUUUUUAUAUCGCUACUUCAUUCACAGCACAGUAUUCUUGUAUUGUACUUAUUGAUUGAACAUUUUUGCAAAUAUUUCCAGAAAAUUAAAUUUAAUGACAGCAAAUGAGCUGUUUCUUGGCAUUAUGCAUUCAUUGACAAUGAAAAGUGAUAAGUUUCAGAGAAUUUCUGCAAAUAUAUGAAUAAUUCAAAAUGUGUUUGCAGUCUUGAGCUCACUUAAGAUUUGGAAGACCAUAACAGAUUAGACUUAAAUCAUAGAAAGAGGCUGAGCAGUUAGUGAUUCCAAUCUUAUUCUGAUUUUUUGUGUGGAAAUACGCUUCUUUAAUAUGCAUGGUAAUUUGAAGGCAAAUGUACAUAAAUACAAGAAUAGACACUUAGAAACGAUUGCUUGUACUAAUGUACAUUAAAUCAUUCCAUUGUUAUACUGGGCAACCAUAUCUUUAUAGUUCACUGUCAUACAUGUAUUUAAUUAUUGUUAGUCCCUUCUGCUAUGAAUUUGAUGUUUGUCAUAGUGUCAUUUGUAUUGUAUCUCUCUCUAUCUUGUCUAUUUCUUUCAUCUUUUUCCUGUAUCUUUUAAUAGUAGAUGACAGGAGUUUACUGUAGCUGCUUAGUUAAAGUACUCCAGAAAUGAAUACUUAGAAUCCCAUUUUAUAACUUCUCUCACUCCUUUGUGAAAUCAUUACCAUCACUGAAACGUAGAUCAUUUCAUCAGGGUUUUUUCUUUUCUUUGCAAGUGAAUUGCUGAAUGUACUCCACUCAGUCGUGCCUUACAUUGAAUUCUAUUUGAAUAGAUUUUCUACUGCAUGUAUGUGACUUUAUAGAAAGUUGAUAAUUUCACUAUAAUUUGUUAUUCUACUUUCUUUCCUCUGUGCUUGCCUGUUAUGUUCAGAUAUUUUGGUUGUUGAUUAUUGUAGAUAUAUGACUUUAGAUAUGCUGUGAAUAGUUGUUGUCAUUUGUUCAUUCUGUUUGAAUUUAUGUUUUAUUUCAGUAUUGACAAAAGUUUUGGUGUUAUGUAAAUAUUAUCUUUACCUAAUUUUCAGAAUAUAUGUGUUUAUUUAACAGUGGAAUAAUUUUUCUAUAAUCCACUGACAUUUCUGUAUAAAACCUGUUAGAUAAUCCAACACAUUUCCUAGCUGGAUUUUCUAGGAAUAGUUUUGUUAAAGUUUUGUUACCA